GCGAGUAAGAUGGAAGAUGAGGAGGUCGCUGAGAGCUGGGAGGAGGCGGCAGACAGCGGGGAAAUAGACAGACGGUUGGAAAAAAAACUGAAGAUCACACAAAAGGAGAGCAGGAAGUCCAAAUCUCCUCCCCGGGUGCCCAUUGUGAUUCAGGACGAUAGCCUUCCCACGGGACCCCCUCCACAGAUCCGCAUCCUCAAGAGGCCCACCAGCAACGGUGUGGUCAGCAGCCCCAACUCCACCAGCAGGCCAGCCCUUCCGGUUAAGUCUCUAGCCCAGCGGGAGGCAGAGUACGCGGAGGCUAGGAAGCGAAUCCUGGGCAGUGCCAGCCCUGAGGAGGAGCAGGAGAAGCCCAUCCUCGACAGGCCAACCAGGAUCUCCCAGCCAGAAGACAGCAGACAGCCCAAUAAUGUGAUCAGACAGCCCCUGGGUCCUGAUGGGUCACAAGGCUUCAAACAGCGCAGAUAAAUGUGGGCGAGAAAGUAUGCUGCCGCUGCCGUCACCGCCUCCUGGGUCGUCUGCCACGGGUCGCACUGCCGUGGCAGACAGCUGGACUUGAGCAGAGGGAACGACCUGAUUUACUUGCACUGUGAUCCCCCUUGCUCCGCCCACUGUGACCUUGAACCCCAUGCACUGUGACCUUCCUCCCUACCCCUUCCCACUGUGAUUGGCAUGUCGACAAGGGCUGUCCCAAGUCAAUGAGAAAGGGAAAGGGUGAGGGCUAGGGGAUGGUUGGGGCGACCCACCAUGGACUCAAGAGUUGAGUCAGACAGUGCCACUUGGGGUAAAGCCAGUGCCAGCAAUAACAAUUUAUCAUGCUCAUUAAUUUGGGAUUUCAAAACAGAUGAGAACCUUCUUCCCAAGUGCAUGUCUUCAUCACUUAAAAAGCAAGUUCCAUUUGAAAAUAUCCUUUCUUUUUUUACCCCCAUUUUUGUUUAUACAAAUAAUCUGAUUUUUCAAGGAAAAGUGCAUGGGGUUUUUUUUUUAGCAAUUUAAUGAAUUUUUAAUUGAGAAAGGGUAGUUUGGUAGUCUACUUAAAAAUGUUUCUGGGAAUUCACUAGAAACAUUAACCAAUAGGAUUUUGGUGAGCUUAGCUUCUUCUGUAUUCCUACUGCCGCCCAGAAAAGGGGCAGGGCUCUGCAGCCCCCAGGACAGAUGAGUACCCCAUGCCUAUACCUCCCUCCCCCAGCUAAGUCCCAGGGCAUCUUGGCCCUGCCUGGAGCCUGGACUAGCUCUAUAGACUCAGAGAGUCUAGGGAGGGUGCCAACUUCACCUCUAGUAUUUUGGGAGACAGGGAGAGUGAACAGACUUCCCUUUCCCAUACCCCUCAGGGUGGUUCCCUACCAGCCAGGCCUGCUUCUUCCACAAGAGAGUCCCAUGUCAGAGAGUGGUGCUCUGCUCGCCUGGGCUCAGAAGUAAGGGAUGUGAGACUUGUUUAGUAGUUUGCUGUCAGCUCAAGAAAAAAAACAGGAGAGACUGGCUCCGGAACUCUUGAGUCUUCUGCCUGUGUGGCCAGAAGAUGGUAGAUCUUCCUCUCCCAGCAAGGCUUGAACUCUCCAGGAUCCACAGCGAGCGCUCUGUCUCUGUUGAUGGCCCCAGCUCAGUAACUACUUGGUGCACUUCCUUUUUAAAAUCAGUACCUUGUCAGCAGACCCUUGUGAGUCAAGUCGGAAAA